AUGAACAACCAAUAUUAUUCUAACCCAAUGAACUCGUCGACAUCCAAUAUGGCUUCUUUGUCCACUGAAAACCAGUUGUCCACUGGAGUACUUGCUGCUUUUUCUACUUCUGGCUACCCCGGCGAACCAUCGUUGUUGGAGGAAUUGGAUAUAAAUUUCAACCACAUCAAAUUGAAAACAAUGGCUGUUUUGAACCCCUUCAACAAGUUCAAUAAGAAUAAAUCAAAUUUGGCUUCAGGCGAUUCUACAAUUUUAAAUGAUUCUGAUCUAGCUGGCCCUAUUUUUUUUGUUCUUUUAUUCGGCGUUUUCCUAUUGCUAGCAGGUAAAAUUCAUUUUGGCUACAUAUACGGCUGUGGUUUAUUUGGGACUUUAUCUUUACAUUGGUUUCUUAAAUUAAUGGCUUCUUCAAAUCUUGAAGAAUCAUACAACAUGCUAAACACAAACAAUAAUUCUUAUAAUUUCAAUCAACCUCCAGGAAUAGAUAUUUACGGAAACUAUUCAAUUCCACAACAAUCUAACGAUUCCAAACCUGAAGGUGAAAUCAAAGAAUUGGAUUUUGCAAAGUCUGCUAGCAUAAUUGGCUAUUGUUUAUUACCCCUAGUAUUUGUGAGCUUUUUGGGUGUUUUUAUAAGUCUAGAUAAUUUUUUCGGUUAUCUCUUAGGUGCUAUUUGCACAGUUUGGUCAACCUAUUCUGCUAGUGGUUUCUUCGUGUUAACAUUAAAAUUACAAAAUAUCAGAUUUUUAACUGCUUAUCCCUUGGGUUUGUUUUAUAGUAUAUUUACCUUAAUGGCUAUAUUUGUUGAAAAAUCGUAA